AAAAGUAAUGAAUAUUUCGAUAGUACAUCAUUUUCUUGCAUGCAAUGUGAUACCAACAAAAAUUUAGUACCUGCUACAGAUCGAUUACGAUGCAUAUGUAAUAAAUUUAGUAAACAAAUAGGUUUAAGAAAUGAUUAUCCUAUAUGUGUUUCUUGUGGUUCCAAUGGAAUGGUGACCACAGAUGAAAGAGAUUGUAUUUCAUGUAACAAUGCUUUAUGUGACUGCAACAUUAAUGAAAUACAAAAUAGAGGCAUAGAUGGUACAUUACUGAAUGCUAUGUAUUGUCUUCCUUGCCCAAAUAAUACGUAUCCAUCUUUGGAUAAAUCUAAAUGUUUGUCCUGCAAUAGUCUUAAAUAUGAUUAUUAUGUGACCUAUAUAAAUUCAAAAUAUUAUACAUGGAUACAAGAUCAAUGCUUGUAUCGAAGUGCGUUUCCAAAUGAGUUACACACAAAUAUUACAAAUUUAAUAAAAUUUAAAAAUCAAACUAUGGAUGAUCACAAUUUUAAAAAUGAAUUAAAAGCUGCACUAUAUUUUUGUAAGAGAAAGCAUAGAUCAGCAUGUGAAUAUUUAUCAAAUGUAUGCAUCUUAAGCUUUUAUACUAAUAAAAUUGCUUGUGAAUUGUUUGCACAAAUGCAAACAGCAUCUGUAUGGUCAGUUUAUAGUAAAAAUGAAACUACAACAGUACUAAAUAGCAAGAAAAUUACACAGAAAUACAGUUUAUUAAAAAGUAACAAUAAUAGCACAUUAAAUUUUAAAGUUGCUACUUUUUCUUUACAUGGUAAUUUUAAAUCAAUUGAUACACCUAAUAUGCCAUGUAACUUACUGGAAAAUAUUAGAUUUGGUGUAAAUUGCAAGAAAAAAUGUAAAUUUAGAAUUAAGGAUUUAUUGUCUGCAGAAAUCGAAUUCAUGUCUCCUUACUUAACGUUUAUGGAAAACAGGAAAGUUUUAAUGCAUGCAUUGCCUGUACUCAUUAAAAAUAUGAAUCAAAAUAAUAAUGAUAUAUCCCAGUGGCAGUUGGUAAGAAAAUUUUUCCUUGUUGAUAACAUUAGUGGCUAUAAAACAUCACUGAAUCUUACAAAUAAAGAAAAUAUCAACAGGAUUAAUAAAUUAUCAACAUUAAGUUAUAUGAAAUCUCUAAGUGUUAUUGUUAAUGUUCAAAGUACAGAAGAUAGUGAUAAAAUAUUUCCGCCUUUAUUAGUUGUUGAAUAUACUGAAUUAUUAGCUCAACAGAUAAGCGAAACUGCAGAUGUUAUAUUAAAUUAUGAAAUUAAGUUUACUCUAACAGGCAAUAACAUUAACGUCAUUUUUGAGAUAAUCGUUGGAGUUUUCUCAGGAGUAGCAUUAAUUUGUUCUGCUAUAAAAACAUGGAAUUACAAUAAACAACACCGUACAUCUUCUUCAUAUACAAUACUACUAGUUUGGUUCUUCAUUUAUACCAUGGGUGCUGUUGGUACAGUGAUAAUUGUAACCCUAAUCAGUUUGUGCAUAUAUUUAUUUAUAUUCUACAAGGAACAAACAAUACCAUAUAUUUUAUUUUCUGACGAUAUUAAUGAGAAUAUCAUUAAAGUGUUUACUACAAUAGCAUUUCUGUUUAAACUUGCAGAAAUGCUUGGAUUUAUUUGUCAAUAUUGGAAACUGAACAUAUUUUUCAUCGAUUGGGAACAACCUAAAGCAUUAUGCAACCCAUUUUCUUUAUGUAAAUUACAUAGUAACAAAUGGUCAAAACAAAAAUAUAAGCCUUUACACAUAUCAACAGAAACAAUAAUGGCUAAACGAAAGAAAGUAGUGAACAAAUCAGACGAAUGUAAUAGUAGCAUGAAUACAGAAGAAACUAAUUUUUCAGCUAUCUAUUCAAUACCAGAAAGUUCUAUACAAGAAGUACACAAACGGCAUAAUGUUCAUACUUUUCCUGUUAGUAUUUGGAGAACAUGUCAUAUUGCCAAUCAUUGGCUACAUCUACAAACUAUUCGGAAAAUAAAUGUAAUGGUACAAUUAGUUGCUGUUUUAAUUAUCUUUCAGAUCAUACAGCAAUAUCCAUCGAUUCUUAUAAUACCUGAAAUACCAUCAAAUUUUUCUAAAGACAAUGACAAUUUUAUUUUGUACUAUACAGUAUGCAUUUUGGUGUAUGUUUUAAUAUACAGCAUUCAAUGGUUGUUAUUCGGUGUUUUAUAUGAAAGGUGUAAUACGAAUAAAAUGCAAGAAUUUAUAAAUUUAUGUUCAACUGUAAACAUUAGCAUAUUUAUUUUGCCAUAUAAUUAUUAUGGUUUUUAUAUUCAUGGAAGGUCAGUGCAUGGAAUUUCAGACACAGAUUUACCUACUUUAAUAAAUAAUUUAGAGAAAGAAAGAAAUAAUUUAUGUGCAUGUAAAGGUCUUGUACCUGGAACAAAUCAACAAACAUUCAUAUUAUCUUUAACAAAAACAUUCAGAAUUAUUUUAACCGAAUUUUCAAAUCAAUCAAAAAUUAGCUCGAGCAAAUUCUUGAGAACAAAUCAUUUCACUAACAUAAAUUGGGAACAAAUUUUUAAUACACAGAUUAAAUUAAAACAGUUUUUAUGUAAAUUUGUGGAUCACUGUUUUGAAGAUAUGGAUUACAUUGUUAAAGAUCAACAAUUCUUUGAAAAAUUAUUUAAUAUUAUGUUUUUUCACAAUGAAGAAAAGUCAGUUUUUUACAUUGAUAAUAAUCAUUCAUUUGAUCAAGUAUUAUUUUAUGGAAAUGAAUGGUUAAUAGCUACAUUUGAGUUCUCAAUAUUUGCUUUUAUGAUAGUUCUAUUUAGGGACUGCGUAUUGGCCAUUACAGUUACAGUAUCAGUAUCAAUGUUACUACUUUUAAUUGCCAAACAUAAUGGGAAAAAGAAUUUAAGUGAUAAUGUACUAUCAGACAAAACUUUUCUAAUAUAA